UGUACUAGCCUUUGCCCUUACUCAACAUGGUUGCCCAUCAACUUCAACUUCAUUGGUAAAUUGACUCUCUCGGCUCCCGUUGCUUUUCCCGCUUCUUCCUGUUGCAGGUCGCAACUAUGGCGGCCAUGAGUUUAUUGCAGCGGGCUUCUGUCACUGCAGUGACGGCUCUGUCUGGCCGCCGCCUUGGAACUCGGCUUGGAUACGGAGGCUUUAUCACCCGCGUCUUCCCAAAGACUCUUGCCCCUGUACGACAUAGUGCAGACCAUGGGAAAAGACUGUUUAUUGUCAGACCUUCUUCAUUCUAUGACAAGCGGUUUUUGAAAUUAUUGAGAUUCUACCUUUUGUUGACUGGGGUUCCAGUAGUAAUUGGCAUAACUCUGGUGAACGUCUUUAUUGGUGAAGCCGAAUUAGCAGAAAUACCAGAAGGCUAUAUCCCAGAAUACUGGGAGUAUUACAAGCAUCCUAUAUCAAGAUGGAUUGCUCGUACUUUCUAUGACAGCCCUGAAAAGAAUUAUGAAAGGACAAUGGCUAUCCUUCACAUUGAAUCUGAAAAGGCUGAGUUACGGUUAAAGGAGCUGGAAGUUCGAAGACUAAUGCGUGCGAGAGGCGAUGGACCCUGGUUUCAGUAUCCAACCAGUGACAAGGCACUUAUUGAUCAUUCUCCAAAAUCAACACCUGACAACUAAUCAUUUAUUUCAUCAGAUACAAAGUAUAUUCUCUUAAGGGGAAAUAAGUUGAUAAAUAUAGUAUGUGCUUUUGCUCUGUGAUGAAUAAAAGAGCUUCUUUCAAUGCUUUGUUUCUUAGUUUCUUGUUGGUUCAGAUGAAGGUUUUUGAUUUUGUGGUUUUGGUUUCUUUUUUUUUAAGGUUUAAAAUGAAAUAAUAAAAACUAGAAAAAUCACAAUUUGUGAAUUCCUUAAGUUUUGGUAGUAUUGAUAGGCUGGUAUUUUAUUUGGCAAAUGGACCUUAAAGAGGGGAAGUCUUAACUGCAUUAACCCUUCAAUGCCUAGUGUCCCAUUUUUGGAAUGCUUAUAACAGUGCUGCAU